GACAAACUAAAUAAAAUGCUGGCCCGUGCAAAGAGACCAACUAAGAUGGAAGAUCAAAGCUCUGAUGAUGAUGAAGAUGCUUUAGAAAUGGAGCAAAACUUUGCUUUACUCAGGAAAAGGAGUGCUUUCCAAAUAACUGAAGAGGAUGAAGAGGGUUAUUAUGAUGAGGAAAUGAGAGUGGAAAAUGGAUCUGCAGAGGAUGAUGAAGCACCUGAAGAGCAUGAAGGUGAUGAAGAUGAUACUGUGGAUGAUGAAGGUGACUCAGGAUGUGAUGAAGAUGUGUCUGAGUCAGAUAGUGACCCUGAGGAAGCUGUCGGAGGCAGCAGCACAGCCAAAUCACACACGGAAUACAACAUCAAAAAAGCUGAUAAGCAAAAGCUGGAACUGGCAUAUAAAUACAGUGAGUUGAAAAAGAGCAGAAAACUGGAGAACUUCCUAAGUAAGAAGAGGAAACGCAACGCCACCAAAGACAGCAAGAAGCUGCCCAAUCACACUGAAUACGGACCAAUCACAGCUCCUCUGAUGCACCUUUUGUGGAUUAUUAUCUUAGUGUGAUGAUGAUGCAAAAGAACAUAUGCUUAAAAUUUGAAAUUAUUUUUUUUGUCGUCUUCAGGACUAUAUGUUAAAGUGGACUUUUGGGAUUUCAAUUUU